AUGUCCUUUUCUCAUCUUUCUGUAGGCUCCCCUUCUGGAGAGGACGACCCCUCUAUACCUCUUGUCCCUAGCAAUCUUCUCCCUGUAAGUGACUCGGAAUCUGAGACUUCCCUUCUAGGGACCUGGGAGAACGCCCUGGCUGAUGCGCAGACUAACAUGAUGUUCAAUUCCCAAGUAGCGACUCGGAUAUCUUCUGAGUCUCUAGAACAUGGUCGUGACGAUGAUUUCGGGCACAGCAGCCUUGCUCCAUCCAUUUCUGGACCUAAUCCAAGCUUCUCCGCCAAUAUCCUCGGGGAGGCUCAGUAUGUCGCGUUAGCUCCUGCGGUUAUUGAGCUCGUAAAACAACUGACCGCUGAAGCCGUUGGCGAUCCCUCCCAUGCUGCAGAACAACAUUCCAUUGAGGCUGUUGACGCCGACGAGGAGCGCUUUAGGGCCGGCGAGGAGAAUCCCCAGCUCUUAAAUGCUGAAAAUCGUCCAAUUGAGACCGCUGAGCUCUCUGGAGCCGGUGAGGAGACUCCCCAGUCUGAAGAUUUGGAGACCGGGACUGCCGUUGAGCUGCAUGCCCAAUCUCUUGUGGAGCUACCUGGCGAUUCCGUCUGGGUUGUAGAACAACGGUCUGCUGAGGCCAUUGCGGAGCCCGCUGAGACUUUUGAAGAUAUUCCACGGUCUGAACAUGUAGAACAUGCUCCACAACCGGUACGUGCGCCCCCUGCCAGCGCGGCGCCUUUGACAGAGCGACUUGGACAGCUAACGCUAGACCACGCAUUUUCGUCUUCGGCGCCCAACAGUGAUGAGGUGGGUGGUUCAUCCGAUGCUACAAGAAGCUUUAUCGCCGUAGGCCAGCAGUUUCGUGACCCGGUGCGAUCUCGACAGGAGCUUCGCGUUUUGGGCGCGCGCGUUGCAUCGUUGAUCCAUGACGCUCAAGCAACGGGUUGUCUCGUUCCGCGCGCCUCCUUGACCUUCCAAACGAUCGAGAGCACCGCGAGGUUUGUUGACGAACGGUAUUAUGCUCCCCCGGUCAAUGAAAUUUUCGGCCUUCACUUCGUUCCUGCGAGCCUGUAUCCGCGAGAACAGCAUAUAUUCCAGGUGAACCUGGAGUUUGCAUCGUGGCUCGGCGUCACAGCCCCUGGGAUCAUCGUGAUGCAGAGCAUCGAACGAGCGUUGCGUCAGGCUGGUUCUCAUGUGGCUCCUUCAUACGAUCCCCCGAUUUCCGAGGUCGCCUUAACACUCUAUGAGCGAUAUUAUCCCCGAAACACCCUUCGCUUCGUAAUCUUUGACACCGUGAUCAACCCACAGACAUUGCAUCAUGUCCAGUGGCACCCACAAUACUGGGUCUACGGCACGCAGGAGUAUGAGGAGAUUCUCGGGACUCGAAUCGGGCGAUUAGUAGGCUAUCUUGUGUUGGGUGCUUACCCCCGAGGCACCCGUUCCAUCACUCGCAUCAUUUCUUGGGUUACUGAUCAGGGCUCGUUGUAUCUCCGUUUUGAUAUUGAAGACAUCCCUAGUAGACCAGUUCGUCUCGCCCUACCUAUUCUACGCUUAGCCCUUUGGCCCAUUGAGCGUGGGACCGUUGGCAUUCGACAUGUGGCCGAGCGGAUUGCUGCC